CACAUGCACAGCUCCUGGCAAAUCAAAAAAUUCGAAUAACCUUCAAAACCAUCACUCCGAAUUUUCGAUUGUGCAACGAGUGAAAGCUAAAUUAUAUACAAUUUGGAAGUGAAAGUAAAUUAAAAUUUCAGUCAUUUGGCCGAGGCUCCCUACCCUAUCAAGAUGUCCAAGUCUUUGCAGAACAUAAUAAAUGAUCGGGAAUUAUUUCGGUAUCGCAUUCACGCGGAAUUUGAGCAGAUCAAGCUCAAUCGUCAAAAAGCCGAAAGGACGUACGUACAGAUUAAGGAAAACCUCAAGCAAGAGCUCCUCAACCAGGAGACACUUCGGUGGUAUCAUUUCAAAAAUAAGAUUGAAAAUCAGCGGGAAAUUGCACGCAAGCGGUAUGGAAACAUUCCACUAGACAUGGUCUGCUUUCUAAAACCGAAGGACGAGUAUGAGCGUCAGGUGGAGAAAGCUAAGGAGGAGGCCGAGUUGGCAUUGGAGGAGCACCGUCUCUACAUGGCUGCGGCUGACCCAGCUCCAGAUAAAUAUGCAGCGAUUUCCCUUGAAAGUCCAGCAACAUCUCAAAGCAGCGUGAUGGAGAGAGAAGCGAGCCAUGAUCAGUUAUUUGUGGCCGGUUCGCGUGCAGAUUUGGUCAAACCUCAAGCCUCAAAACAGUAUCUUAAAAACUCCAAGAAGUAAUAUCCAUCCAUCUCCCAAUCAGCUGAAAAAUGUACCUGAUGAAAAAUAUUAUUAAUUAGAUUUGCAAUUCGAUCAUUAAAAUUCUUAAGUCUUUAA